AUGAGUAAGGGCAGACUAUCACCUUCCCCCUCACCUCAUCGUAAAAUUUCGAGCGCUUCCUCCAACGGAAGUGUCUCGCCUGCCGCCGCCGCGAUCACAAACAGCACGGCUGCCCCAAAAUUAUCAAAAGAGUUGCCCCCCACGCCUGUCGAGGACGAUGAAGACGACGAAGAGUUCCACACUGUUAAAGGAGAUGGGGCAAGCAAAACCGGAGACGACGACGACGGUUCCUCUAGUGACGGAGAAGGGACACACAACUUCUCUUCUGCCCUUCAGUCACCAAACAAUCAUGACGGUACUUUCAACCACGCUUCUAUUAUGAUGACCUCUUCGCCACCGGGCUCUGCGAGACCAGAUACUUCGUAUUCCACUUGGACCGAAGAUUCCCGUAGCGCUGCCCGCUUCUCCAAUGACACCACCCUAGAAACAAAGCCAGAAACGCAAACAGAGACACGGUACAACAACAGCCCUUACAUGGUUUCAUCUACAAGUCUGCAGAGGCGUGCUUCCGUGUUCUCGUUGUCCCGCGUUUCUUUUUCGGCACAGCUCUCACGACUGACAUCGCUGUCGCUCCCUUUGUCGGAGGAUAUUUCUUCUAGAAUACGGCAAUUGCCGACUGCGAGGGAAGCCUGCAAUGCGCUCAUCUCGGCUGGGGAUCAGAUUAGUCGUUGGAUUGAUACCGCCAAGAAAGUCUUACGUGGUCUAGAUGCCGAGGAUGAUGUUGAGUGGGCAGCUCAGGGACGCGAGUCUCUUAAUGAGGUGGAUGCUGCGAUUGGGAAGUUCUCUGGUUUGGUCAAUGUUUAUGUCGAACUCAUUGACGAGCUACAAAACAGGGAUGAUUCUGAUGAAGUGGAAAAAGUAUUGGUCGAAAUUCUUAAAAGUAUGGAAGAGGUUAUGGAUGGGUGGAAUGAAGUUAAGAUUAUCCUAAAGGGUGUGAAAGAUCAGGUCGAGACUGCGAUGGAGUGGACAGAGCUAUGGACUAUGAUUCUACAAGAUAUCCAGGCGGAAUUGGACGCGUGCCAAACAAUUGUCUUUGAGGAGGAGGAAAAGCGACACCGGAGCAUGAUGGAAGACACCAGCAUAGUGGACCUAGAUGCUCUGGAGACCAUAAUUGAGGAGACACCUAUAUCGGCCCUACCCAAAGUCACCAAGACUGCGGGAGAAGAGGAGAGCUCGUUACUCGGACUGAUGGCAAGGAUGCAACCUUUGAGGGUUAGCUUGGACUUUCUCCCCAUGAGGUUGCAGAGCUUCCAGGCUCGAGCCGAGGGGAUCUUUCCUAGCGCCUGCGAAGAUUUGGCGGGCCGACGAAAUGCCUUGGAAAAGAAGUGGAAGAAAUUGGAUAGCGACGUGGAGGGGCUGAAGAAAGAGUUGGGCGAAGACAAAUGGGUUGCGCUAUUUAGGAACGCUGGCGUGCAGACGGCUAAUAUGAUGUCAAGCGUGGAGAGGAGUCUUAAGAAAUUGAGAGACGCAGUUACGAUAUGGGAAGAGAGCGAGGGGAGGAUUGACAGUGAUUUGGCAUUGAAGAUUCAGAAUUACGAAGCAAAGAAAGUGCAUUACGGAUCUGCAAUUGAACGAGCAUUAGGACUUAUUACUAAGGGAGUCCGUGAUAGGAUAACUGUUAAUGGAGAAAUCAUUCGUCUCGACGCUGCUAUGCGGGCGCGUUGGAAGACUCUCGAAGAUGGAAUGGCCGACAUGGAACAGGAUAUGAAUGACCUUGGUUUGAACGUGCAGACACUUCGGGAUUCUUUCUCCUCGGUGAAUUCCCUGGAGGUACGCUCCUACGGAGGCUCGGGAAUAAUUACCCCCGGUAGCUCUCCGGCCAGCUCAGUCGUCAUGACUUCCUCUCCCGGAGGGAUCGAAAGGAAGCGAUCACCCCCAUCAGCCACCAGGUCACCAAGCGGAGUUGUAAACACUCGGCCUAGCCAUCAACCCAGAGCCAGCUCGAUCCCGAAGAAAAGCCAAUAUGCUAGACUUUCCUCCACAGGGUCAGUCGUUGCUGCAUCGGUACGUAGCUCACUUUCACCCAUUACAACUGGGAUGGUUAGAGUCUCAUCUACUUCGGGAACCUAUCAGACUCCACCCACAACUCGUAGGUCUUCCUCAACAUCCAGCUCUAGCGGCAAGCCAGUAGACAACCGGCCAAGGUGGAACUCCUCAACAAACACCAACGACAGCCCAUUCGGGCACAAUUUUAAGCCUCUAAACCUCACUACCCCGAGCCCAUACCGCAAGAACCCCCCAAAUGCCAACCGAAUAACCAGUCCCACCCUCUCCCUUCCCGCCUCUCCCGGAGCCAGCAGAAUUCCCGGUCCAAGCCCGCUAACUUCUGCGUCCCUCCCGGGUUCCCCCCUCCUCUCAGGAGCCCGGAGAUCCAGCGGUGGCGUCUCCCUUAAGUCCCCUAGCCCAGCACCAAGACUAGCCCCUGCCGCUGGUGGCCGCCAACACCCGGAACUUCGCCGCCAAGCAAGCAUGAGCCAACUCCGCUACCAGUCCCGCGACCAGGCCCGCCACUCUUCGCAGGAGUCCAUAACUUCAAGUACCAUCUCACACUCCACCUACGUCGAGGAGAAGGGUCGUGAGAGAGAGGAGCGACAAUGCUUGCGUGAUAAGGAGAAUGCAAAGCGUAGUGUAGACGGUAGGCCUGCUAGUGCCAUGGCUAGCGCGAGGGCCAAUCGUGUGAGUAUGCUACCGAGACCGACGACGCCGGUGUCGGGGUCGGGGGCGGGGAAGAGGAAUAGUAUGCCGCCCGGGACAACGCUUACUCAGCAGCAACAGCAGGCGGCUGCGAAGGCGGAUGGUAGGCCGAGGUGGAGGUUAAAGUAGUUUAGUUCCUUUUUUUUCUGGAGGGUUGGGAUAGUGUUGUUGUGAUCCUGUUGUCUUAUUCACUCCCCGCUGUUGGUAUUGGCAUGCGCUUGUUCUG